AUGACGUACGGAGAGGAGACUUGGGGAGCACCACCUACAGUGAUGGAGAGGCUUGAUUGCACGGAACGAAAGCUGCUUAGACGGCUACUCGGCUACUUCUGGUCUAAGGUAUGCCACAAUGAAGAUCUUUACGCAGGGAGACCGGCAGAUCGCCAUGUUCAACGAGAUAUGAGGAGUUUGUCGGGUUCGAGCUGGAAGAAGCCACCUGGCCGAAAACGGAAGUUUUGGACUGAGGUGGUAAAGGAGGACCUGAGGACACUCGGCGUAGAUAGGCAGUUCAGGCGAGAUGUAAGGUUUGUGAAACAGCGACGUAUGGAACAGCGACGAAUAGACUGA